UUGUGCUCAAAGUCGUAUGAUGUCGAUGCAAGAAUUACAGCGCAUGUGUCGUGGGCGUCGGGAGAGGAUACGAAAGAGCAGCUUUGCAGCCCUUGUUCUGCCGGAAUUGGACGAAUCUGACAUGAAAGGGAAGUGGCUGAACCACCACAGGUCAUACACCUAUCUAGAUACGGCUUGAGCCGAAGUCUGACGUUCAUUUAUACUUCCCGGUCUGCAAAUCUGGUGACACGUCUCUAUCUGUGCAUUUUUAGCCUUCUCCGAUCUCCUGCCGAAGCUCUGUGGAUAUCACCUGGGCCAAACCAUCAAGUCUCACAAGUAUUCCUUCAAUCUGCCACACCUUUCAAAAUAUUUGCCUCGCCUUUAUUGCGGGGAGGGGCGGCAGCGAAGGCUCACGGCCCUUCCGAAUCAUCCAAGCUUCCCAUUAUUUUUUGGUGCACCCAAAAUCACCAGAAGCCUGUUUUCCUGUGAAAAUUUUUCGUCCUGAUCAGUUUUGGGUUGAAUUUGAGAACGAAAGAAGAAUCUUUCUGGUCGAGAUUACGAGACAUUCUUUCAUCAUCCCACCACCAGGAAAACUAUCGAAUUGACUCGAGACUUAAGCUGCACCCUCAGAAGUCUCUUCCCGUGCCCUCAAGCUACCUCCUUCGCCAUGAGUGCGAACGUAUCGAGAGCUUCGUCGAGUCUUCGGGAGCGUCGGGAAGUUGAUUCACGAGGUCGCAGCGUUACAACCUCGACUCAAAAAUAACGCCCGUUGUAACUCAAAAGAAGAGCCGCCGCGCAACGUCUUCCCCUCAGUUGGCGCGACGCGCAUGCAGACGCGGGGGUUGUGGCGGAGGCAGAUAAGAUUCUGCUAUCAUUUUGCAGAAUCUAAGCUCCAUGUACCGAGGGAAGUCGAACGUCCCUGGGGUAGAGCGGGAGGAGGCCCCGAGCCCCCGUGGCGGCGCUGCGAGCCCCUCCCCAAGCGCCUCCCCGAAAAGGACACUCGGGCCUCUGCCCGCAAUGAAACCGACUCUUGCCCCAUCCCGGGACCUCGAGAAUCUUUCCGGCCGCUCUUUUACCGCAUUUCCGUUUUUUCCCACAUCAUCUCCUCCCGAGCCCCGACCCCUCCGCAACCCCCUCGACUUUCACUGCCUGCAGCUCGCGUGCUUCGAUUUGCAUGACACGAAACCCCGAAACCCCAAGAUAGCGGAGACGGACAGGCCCUGAACUGAACGCUGUUUCAUAGUCUUCUUCUCGCCCCACCCCUUACAUGUACUGAAACUAAGCCUCCUUUUUCUAGAUAAAUUUUGUACUAAAACUAAGCAUCCUUUUUCUAGAUAAUUUUUUCGGAGAAUUUCUUCCCCGUAAAAGUUAACUUUGGGGAGUAACAAAUAAGGUCGUCCUUCCUGUAAGAGUUAGUCGCGAGGGUGGCUGGAACACUGCACAUUGGGUGCGAAGGAGGUAGAUUGACCACGAAGCGAUCGCGAAUUUAGCUUCUUUAUUACGAAUCGGAGUAGGAGGGUAGACAUGUGAAUGUACAAAAUGGCGGAUAACAACUGUUCGCUGACGGAGCUGACUUGUCUGUGCGCCGGUACAGGAGCCCAAGUUGCUCUAGGUCAAGUGCGAGGAGAUGUAUAACGUCCGUCGUCCGUCCGUGGUCGCGAAGCGAUGGACGGAAGUCGAAACAGGCGGCUCGCGCGAAGGGAGGGAAGGGAGGGAGGGAGGGAGGGUUUAGGAAAGGAGGCGCGGGAAGGCGGCAGGCCCAGCACGCGCGCGCGCCUGAGCAGCGGAACCCCACCCCAGGCCCUCCCCCCCGUUCGCUCAUAGCGUGUUCAUUAGGGGAUCGGACUUUCAUUUUCCCCUUUUCCCGCCUCCGCUCCUCGAUUCCCU